GCGCGGAGCCACCCUCGAAUCUUCUUCCUGCGUGGCCGCGCCAGUUGUUUAAGCAGCAGCAGCAGCAUGGCCUCAUGGGAAUAUAAAUCCCAAUUCUGCCCUGCCUAGUGGUUUAUUGUUCCAAGAUCCCCUUUUGGCUGGCAAUUUGUCCUAAUCUCCGUUCCGGUGAUCUUCCCCUGUGCUGCUGAUUCUUCCACCCUGCAACCCCCUUCUUCCCCCCAUUGUGAUGCGGCAGCAGGACAAAUUGCUUCUGCGGCAACAGAUUACCAAAGUUCUCCUUUGCCAUUGCUUCCAGUAGCUAAGCGAGUGUGGUUACACAUUUUGCUGUUGUGAUCAGGAGAGUCCGCGACAAGGUUUUGCCUGCACCGCAUCGUCCUCUCCCCGCAAGCUCCAAAAGCCGGUGACUAAAUAUAGCAAAGGCCAUCAUCAUCAUACUAGACUCAAAGGAAGGAGAUACGAACAUUUGUACUCCUCCUGCUCCAAGAUCCCCAUUUUCUUUCGCAUUUCCAGCGUUUUCUGCGUGUUAAUGGCGAUGUGAUGUCGCCCCUAAGGCCAAUAAACUCCCACGGCUUCUCGGUCUCUUUCUUGAUCCUUGUUGAGAGCUGAGCUUCCCCCACGCCGCCUCCACCCUCCCAUGGCAAUGGCUGCAAUGUGAUGCGGAGGGGCGGUUGUUCCUGAGGAGGAGUAGGAGAGGGCGCUCGGGGAGAAGAAGAGAGCGAGCGCCGGGUCCUUUGGAAAGAAGAUGGCGGGUGGCGAGGGGGCGGCCGCGGCCGCGGUCACCGGGGAGGGGGAGAUGCGGUCGCUGGCGCUCACGCCGACGUGGUCCGUCGCCACCGUGCUCACUCUCCUCGUCGCGGGCUCGCUCAUCAUCGAGCGCUCCAUCCACCGACUCAGCAAUUGGUUGAAGAAAACCCACCGGAAUCCACUUUACAAAGCAAUGGAGAAGAUGAAAGAAGAAAUGAUGUUGCUUGGAUUCAUAUCUCUGCUUCUGGCUGCUACAUCAAGAAUUAUCUCAGGGAUCUGCAUCGAUUCCAAGUACUACAACAGCAGAUUCUCUCCGUGCACCAAAGAAGAGGUUGAAGAAUCUUUAAAUGCAGAGCAUGCCGUUGCUCACGCGCGCAAGCGUCUAAUUGAGGUCAUUCUGCACCAUUCACUCAGGAGAAAUCUAAAAGCUAGUUACCAUAACCAUCAAGGCUGCCCUGAGGGACACGAGUCAUUUGUUUCACAUGAAGGUCUGGAGCAGCUGCACCGGUUUAUAUUUGUGAUGGCUGUAACUCAUGUGACAUAUAGCUGCUUGACGAUGCUACUAGCAAUACUCAAGAUCCAUAAGUGGAGAAAAUGGGAGGAUGAAGCAUUCAGGGAUAAUCACGAAUCGUUUUCUCAGAUCGCAUAUGAGUCAGCAACUAGAAGGCAACCAGCGCUCACCAAAUCCUAUUCGUUCCGCUCAUGGAGUCAAAAUAAUGCGGUCAUGUGGAUUGUUUGCUUUAUUGCACAAUUUGGUCAGUCUGUUGUUCGAGCAGACUACCUUAUCCUCCGCAAGGGUUUCAUAAUGAACCAUAAUCUGUCGCCAACAUACGACUUCCACAAUUACAUGAUACGCUCAAUGGAAGAGGAAUUUGAGAAGAUUGUUGGAGUGAGUGGAGUGCUGUGGGGCUUCGUUGUUGCUUUUAUGCUAUUCAAUGUUGAUGGAUCCAACCUGUACUUUUGGAUAGCAAUUCUUCCUGUAGCUCUUGUUCUUCUAGUCGGUGCGAAGCUGCAGCAUGUCAUUGCAACUCUAACAGCAGAGGGUGCAAAGUUGACUACCUACGGUCCAAGGAUACAGCCAAGGGAUGAUCUCUUUUGGUUCAAGAAACCGGACUUUCUCCUUUGGUUAAUACACUUCGUUCUGUUUCAGAAUGCUUUUGAGUUGGCUUCUUUCUUCUGGUUCUGGUGGCAAUUCGGUUAUGAUUCAUGCUUUAUCAAAAACCACCUUUUGGUGUAUUGCCGCCUUAUACUAGGGUUUGCCGGACAGUUCCUUUGCAGUUACAGUACAUUGCCUGUUUAUGCAUUAGUGACUCAGAUGGGGUCCAAGUACAAGGCGGCACUGAUCCCUCGGCGUAUCAGAGAAACCAUACACGGCUGGGGAAAGGCCACGAGGAAGAAGCGGCGCCGGCGGCGCGGCGCCUGGGACGACUCGACGGUCCGCACGGAGACGAGCACCGUGUGCUCCCUCACCGACGAGGACGAGGACGAUUUGGACGACCACCAUCAUGGGCCGUUCGAGGAGACCCCGAGAGCCUCCAGGGCCCCGCCGCCGUACCUGAAGGUCGAGCUGCAGCAGACGCAGCACGGCCCCUUCAGGGCCGGCACGCCGUGCUUCCAUUCCGUGGCCGUGCCGGGCAGCAGCUCGACCCACGGUGGCGGCAGCAGCCAACCGAUGCUCCUCCGGCAGUCGUCCUCGGCCUCGGCGCCGUCGUCGCCGUCGUACCGGGGAGGCAACGUGACGAGGUCGGCGUCCAUGCCCGGGAUCGCCUCGCUGCGGACGGGCACGGGCACGCCGACGCGCACGAGCCAUGACGAGUCGUGACGCGCUGCCGAUCACUGAAGAUUGUGACACGCAGUUGACAGACAUGACAGUACUAGUGCUCUAGCCUCUAGGACGGUUGUGGUGGAGUUUCUAGAACAACGUGCGUACAGAUCACUGAAGACAUUGGGCUGCUAGUGUAGUAGAACUGCACAUUAUUGAGGUAGGAUUCUGAUGAUAUAUACACAUCCGAAUGGAACUGAAACUAUGUUUGAAAACUCUGAACAAAACUGAUUCAAGGUGACUUGGAAAUUCACGAGUAUUUUCACCAA